AUGGGCGAUCGAAACUAUAAACAAGUAUCUCAUUACUUGCUGAAAGAAGAGCUUGGUAAUGGUACUUUUGGGACUGUCUACCGAGGCAAAGAUCUAAAUACAAACGAAAUUCGUGCCAUUAAAAUGAUUAGUGCACAAAAUGUUUUAAAACCUCAAGAAAAGAAAGCACUAAGCCGAGAGAUCCAAAUUAUGAGAAAUUUGGACCAUGAAAAUAUCGUAAAAUUAUACGAUUACCUGGAAACAAGAAAUUAUAAUUAUUUGGUGCUUGAAUACUGCAGCGGUGGUGAUCUCUCUGGAUUAAGAGAUCUAAGUGAAGAACACACAAUUAUUUAUUUGCGCCAAAUAGUUAGCGCUCUCAAAGUGCUCCAGGCAAAUAAUAUAAUUCAUAGGGACUUAAAGCCUGCAAAUAUUCUCCUCUCUGAUAAAUCUCCUGAUGCCAAAAUUAAAUUGGCUGACUUUGGACUUGCAAGGCAAAUAAGUGCGAAUAGUUUAGCAAAAAGCUACGUGGGAACUCCUUUAUAUAUGGCUCCUGAAGUGAUCAAGUUGAGAGAAAACCAAAGCGAGAGAUAUACAGAAAGGGCUGAUAUAUGGAGUGUAGGAUGCAUUGUAUAUGAAUUAAUCAGAGGAGCUCGGCCUUUUGAAGCUAAAAAUUUUGGAGAUUUGCUGCCUGUCAUAAAAACAAGACUUAAUGAUCCAGAUUUUUUGAGUUCUCAGUACUUUUCAGAGCCUUGCAUAGAUUUUUUAAGUAAAAUCUUCAAAAUAAACCCAAAAGAAAGGAUGGAUUUUGAAACCAUGUGCGAUCAUCCUUUCAUACUAGGACGACCCAGCAUCAAGCCUAUAAUUGACUUGCAUGGAAUCCAAUGUAUGAGUGAAGAUUUUGAGCUCUCAACCAAAGAAGAUGCAUUAGAUAUCUCAGAAGUUUUGUUUAACUUAUUCCCCCAUCUCAGUGAGCGAACCAAAAAAUUUUAAUUACUCAUAGAGGGAGUUAAAUUUUGUUGUUUACAAAAAUUUAUAUAUAAAUUUUUUAUAGUAAAUUUGUUUUUUAAAGUUUAAAAAAUCCCAAUUCUCAUUGGGGAGGAAAAAAUUACAAAAUUUAUGUUUUAAAGUGCAAGCUGUUUAAAAUUCAACAGAAUAUCUAAAGAUUUCAUUAGAAUAAUUAUCAUUUACAUAUCAAAAAAAUAUUUUCAUAACUCACACCGAGGGGGUUUUUACUUAUAAAUAGGAAUUUUCCAAUGGUUUCGUUCGCUCACAGAGGGGCGGGUGUUAGCAAAAGAUACACCCCACCCUUUCCUUUUUUAUAUGAAGGCCUGCACUUUAUUAGAACCUUAUUUAGAAGACCAAGUAUGUGCAAGCAUUUUUAAGGUGAACUUUGAUGAGGCAAAAAGAUGUAAAAAUAAAACUGAUUGGGAAAGCUCAACAAUGACGAGGCUGAUUUUAGAAAUGGCGGUGAAGCUGUGUAGAAGUGAUGAAAAUAUAGCUUCACAUUUAUUGAAAGAAAAUUAUAGACAGGCGCUUACACUUUUAAAUUCAUUGGGACCUUCUUCACAUAUAAUUAGAUUAAAGGAAGCGAUCAAGAGACAAAUGGAUAUGCACAAUUAA